CCAGUCGCCGUCUUUUUUCGUCUCAUUUUUGUUUCAUUUUUGUUUUCUCCUUACUCAUUAAUACCUAUUGUAACUCAUACAAUUUCGAUUUCGUCUUCAAGAUGACUCGAAAAGUCUACGUUCCGUAUAACCAGGUCCACAAACUCUGUCAAUCUUCCGCUGACAAGAUCCUAAACGAAUUUCACCCGAAUCUUAUGAUUGCUAUUGGUGGUGGUGGAUAUGUUCCUGCUCGUAUCCUACGGUCGUUCCUCAAGCGCCCCGGUGAACCCAAUAUCCCUAUCCAAGCUAUUGGUCUGUCGCUCUACGAGGACCUUGGUCGUGGAGACCCAGAGGAAGUCCCCGGAACGAAGGUCACCCGUACACAGUGGUUGGAUCUCAGCUCACUGGAGAUGUCCAAUCUGAUUGGCAAGAACAUUCUGAUCGUUGACGAAGUUGAUGAUACCCGAACCACGCUGGAAUAUGCUGUCCGUGAGCUCCAGAAGGACGUGGAAGAGGCCCAGAAACAGCUUGGACGCGAGGGCGAGAAGACAAGAUUUUUCGUGUUUGUCUUGCAUAACAAAAAUAAGCCUAAGAAGGGGACCCUACCCUCAGAGAUGAUGGAGUCAGGCAAUUACCAUGCGGCCGUUACGACAGACGACGUUUGGAUCUGCUACCCGUGGGAGGCAAGCGAUAUUGACGAGCAUGACCGGUUGGCUAAGGAGAAUCCUCUUAUUUGAGCCUCUCUCCAUUUCCUAUCCACUUCCUUCCCUAUUUUUCAAGACCUCUUUGACAAUCUGCCUUUUAGCGGCUAGCAUACUCCUUCAUAUCAUUUGACCUAUUUUAUUGUGCAUACUCUUGCUUGAAGACAUAUGAGAUGGUACGUCACGAACAAUUCUGACGAUGAGACUUUUCCUGCCUUUCAAUAGAAGAAAGAAUAUAAAAGAAACAACCACUAUGUGAAAGAGAAAAGCAAUCAUCAUUUUGGUACAGGAUAAUUAUGCUGUACUUCUGCUCUGUUCCAAAUAUAUAGCACUUUACUCC